AUGGGCCUGCGCAACUGCCUCGACGGCAAUAAUAUGUCAGGACAACGCAAUAUCCCCCCUGAAAUCGGGGAACAUCCCGAGCAACCACCUUUGGAGGCCCCAGGGGCAGCUGCCCCCAGUGCUGGGCCUAGCCCAGCCGAAGAGAUGGAGGCCGAGCCGCUUCACAGCGAGCCCAUCCCCAUCGAGAUUGAUGGCGAGGCCUGUGGACCCCCAGAGGUCUCCAGUCCCAACUUGCAGGCCCUCGGACCAGCCUUCGAGGAAGCUCAAGACUGUGGAAGCUACAGCCCACCUCCUGAGGAAGCCAUGCCCUUUGAGGUCGAGCAGCCCAGCUUGGGAGUCUCCUGGCCUACCCAGAAGCAGUCUGGAUCCCCAACUGGGGCCGAGGCAGGCCUUCAGGCCUUCAGCCCAGCGCUCAUGGAGCCCGGAGCCUUCGGAGGUGCCAGAUCAGGCAUGGGAGGCUACAGCCCUCCACCAGAAGAAGCUAUGCCCUUUGAGUUUGACCAGCCUGAGGAGGGAGACUGCAGCCAACCUCUCUUGCAGGUCCCAGACCUUGCUCCAGGUGGCCCAGGUGCCAGGGUCCCUGGAGCUCCUCCCGAGGAGCCCCGAGACCUCGAGUCUGCAAACGCUGGCUUCAGAGGAGUCUACAGCCCUCCCCCUGAGGAGGCUAUGCCAUUUGAGCUUGAUGGAGAAGCCUUUGGAGAUGACAGCCCACCCCCCGGGCUCCCCCGAGUUAUCCCAGAAGUCGGCGAUGGCCAGUUCGCGGCCAUCGCGGUCCCGAGCGCGGUCUGCCUCGCUCCCGCCGGGAACGCGCCUUCCCUUUGGGUCCCAGGCGCCAUCGGCAGCCCAUCCCGAGAGGCUCUCAGACCUCCUCCUAACUUCGUGGGUGACAGCCCCUCGAUGGAGAUCUCCGGACCCUCGCUCAAGAUUGGCAGAGCCCCCGUUGGGGUCGACGACGCUCCCAUCGACAUGGACAGCCCCCCAAUCGCGCUUGACGGACCGCCCAUCGAGGUCUCCGGAGCCCCAGAUAAGAGAGAGCGAGCGGAGAGACCCCCAGUUGAGGGAGAAACAGCCGAGAUGGAAGGAGACUCAGCCAUCGCUGCCGCGGAGGGAAGAGAAGUCCCCUCUCUCGGGGAUGGAUCCCCUGCCACCAGAGAGGCUCCUGCCGCCCCAGCCGAUCCUGCCGCUGGGGCGAUCCCUGUCUCCCCAGCCGAUCCUGCCGCCGGGGCGGCCCCUGUCUCCCCAGCCGAUCCUGACUCCGGAGAGGCUCCUGCCCGCCCAGCCGAUCCUGACACCGCAGCAGCCCCUGCCGCCCCAGCCGAUCCUGUCGCGGGGGAAGACGCAGGCAUCCCAGCGGAUCAAUGCGCGACGGCCGAUCCUGCGUCCGGGGCAGCCCCUGGCGCCCCAGCCGCUCCUGCCGCCGGGGCAGCCCGGGCAGCCCCUGCCGCCGGGGCCAGACGCAAGCUCCAUCUCCUUAGACCCCCCAGCCCCGAGAUCCAGGCUGCCGACCCGCCUACUCCGCGGCCUACGCGCGCGGCUGCCUGGCGGGGCAGGUCUGAACGCAGCCGCGGCCACCACGGGUACGAAGAGGAAGGGGCCAGCUACGAAGACUCCAGCGGAGACGAGUCCGACGAUGGGGCCACCGGAUGCUUUCACUGGUUUCUGCACCGGCGAAAUCGCCGCCGCCAAAAGCCCCGGCGCAACUUACUCCGCAACUUCCUCAUGCAAGCCUUCGGGGGCUGCUUCGGUCGGUCUGAGAGUCCCGAGCCCCAAGCCCCGUGCCCCGCCAAGGUCAAGAAGGCUUCUGUGGAGGAAAAGCGCAGACAGAUGCGCAAAGAAGCCAUGGAGAUGCGUGCCCAGAAGCGCGCAGAGAAGAAACGCAGCAAGCUCAUCGACAAGCAACUCCAGGAUGAGAAGAUGGGCUACAUGUGUACGCACCGCCUGCUGCUUCUAGGUGCUGGAGAAUCUGGUAAAAGCACCAUUGUGAAGCAGAUGAGGAUCCUGCAUGUUAAUGGGUUUAAUGGAGAGGGCGGCGAAGAGGACCCGCAGGCUGCAAGGAGCAACAGCGAUGGUGAGAAGGCAACGAAAGUGCAGGACAUCAAAAACAACCUGAAGGAGGCCAUUGAAACCAUCGUCGCUGCCAUGAGCAACCUGGUGCCCCCUGUGGAGCUGGCCAAUCCCGAGAACCAGUUCAGAGUGGACUACAUUCUGAGCGUGAUGAACGUGCCUGACUUUGACUUCCCACCUGAAUUCUACGAGCACGCCAAGGCUCUGUGGGAGGAUGAAGGGGUGCGCGCCUGCUAUGAGCGCUCCAACGAGUACCAGCUGAUCGACUGCGCCCAGUACUUCCUGGACAAGAUUGAUGUCAUCAAGCAGGCCGACUAUGUGCCCAGCGACCAGGACCUGCUUCGCUGCCGUGUCCUGACCUCUGGAAUCUUUGAGACCAAGUUCCAGGUGGACAAAGUCAACUUCCACAUGUUCGAUGUGGGCGGCCAGCGCGAUGAACGCCGCAAAUGGAUCCAGUGCUUCAAUGAUGUGACUGCCAUUAUCUUCGUGGUGGCCAGCAGCAGCUACAACAUGGUCAUUCGGGAGGACAACCAGACCAACCGUCUGCAGGAGGCUCUGAACCUCUUCAAGAGCAUCUGGAACAACAGAUGGCUGCGCACCAUCUCUGUGAUUCUGUUCCUCAACAAGCAAGAUCUGCUCGCUGAGAAAGUCCUUGCUGGGAAAUCGAAGAUUGAGGACUACUUUCCAGAGUUCGCUCGCUACACUACUCCUGAGGAUGCGACUCCCGAGCCCGGAGAGGACCCACGCGUGACCCGGGCCAAGUACUUCAUUCGAGAUGAGUUUCUGAGAAUCAGCACUGCUAGUGGAGAUGGGCGCCACUACUGCUAUCCUCACUUCACCUGCGCUGUGGACACCGAGAACAUCCGCCGUGUGUUCAACGACUGCCGUGACAUCAUCCAGCGCAUGCACCUUCGUCAGUACGAGCUGCUUUAAGGAGGGAACCCCCAAAUUUAAGUAAAGCCUUAAGCACAAUUAAUUACAAGUGAAACGUAAUUGUACAAGCAGUUAAUCACCCACCAUAGGGCAUGGUUAACAAAGCAGCCUUUCCUCUCUCCCCCAAGUGAUUUUAAAAAACCCCUUUUUCCCUUCUGCUUGCUUAGAUGUUCCAAAUUUAGAAAGCUUAAGGCGGCCUACAGAAAAAAGAAAAAG